GGCCAUAUUUGCCGGUGCCGCUGUUGUAAACAAAAAGUGAGAGACAGACGCUUCACUGAAUUUCGGGUCAUUUUUAUUUCUUUAAUUUACAAUGUCUUUGGGAAUGUCUUAUAAACCCAAUGUCCAUCAGCACAUUCCGGGAACUUCUGGGAACCAGGCAGUUGGGAACCUCCAGUCUCCCUCAGCAGCUAACCUGGCCACGUUGCAGUCUUACAGGCCUCUCCUGAGUGACUAUGGACCUCCAUCUCUGGGAUUUUCACAGGGCUCUACUGGCAGCCAAGUGCCUCAGAACAAGUAUGCAGAGCUGCUGGCCAUCAUCGAAGAGCUUGGAAAGGAGAUCAGGCCCACAUAUGCUGGAAGUAAGAGUGCAAUGGAGAGACUGAAAAGAGGAAUAAUCCAUGCUAGAGGGCUGGUGCGUGAAUGCCUGGCUGAGACGGAGAGAAACGCAAGGUCCUAGCUACGAAGACACAUUCCUCCCUGCAACAAGAACUAACAGUGUGCGUCUCAUGAAAAAAAAAUAACUUGCAUGGCAUUUCCUUUGAGAGGAGGAAGUAAAUGAACAAAGGAUGGAAAAGCAAGCUCCUAGAGGAAAAAAAAAAACACAAUAACACAGUUCAUGACGGCUGAGGGUUCUGGAGGAGCAUUUAAAUCAUGUGUGGGUUAUUGGAAUACAAGUGAAAGAUCAUGUGUUUUUAUGCCCCACUUUUGGGAUCUUUGUUUUGACUUCAUAUUUAAAGCGUUGGUUUAUGCAUGCGAAUGGGCCCGUGGGUUAACUGUAGACACUGCAUGGCUUGUACUGGGGUAGAUGGAGAAGACUUCUUUUUGAUAGUAUUUGGUCUGUUUUUCAGACCCCUAUAACACACAUGACUGAGUGAGUGAGGGGCAGAGAUGUCGCCAAAUGCAUCGGUUCAUUCGUGUUGAGGUUGGUUUUGGUAUUAAAAAAAAAAAAAAGGAAAAUGCUGUUACUUGCAUCUUUGUAUGUAUUUAUUACUCAGUGUAAUAAAUU